AUGGGUCUCUCACUGGGCAACGACCUCUGGAUCCUGCUUGUCUCGUUACUUGUGGCCAUUGUCACAUCAUUGGUCGUAGCACUCGCUCCGUAUACCUGGGCCAGCUUGCGACCGAAGAACUUCCCCCCAGGACCAAAGCCACUGCCAUUGAUAGGAAAUCUGAAUCUGAUUCCUCCGUCGAAGGCAUUCUUACUUUUCCACCAAUGGACAAAGAAGUACGGUCCCAUAAUCGGACUCAAAUUCGGCCCAACAAACGUCGUGGUCCUUAAUAACUGGAAAGACGUUCAAGAACUCCUCGAGAAACGCGGCCACAUCUACUCCUCCCGCCCAGACAACUACAUCGCCAACGAGCUCAUCUGCAAGAACCACACCCAUAUCCUCUUCGCCCCAUACGGCGACGGCUGGAAAGCCCUGCGCAAAGCAGCCCAGGGCCUCUUCACCCCGCGCGAACUCGCCGGCGUCCUCCCCAUCCAAGAAGCCGAGGCCACCCAGACGGCAUUCGACCUAAUCCGUUCCCCAGACCGGUACUACGAACACAUUCAGCGAUACACGACAGCCGUUAUCCUCGCCUCAGUCUUUGGUCAACGCGGCGCAGACUUCAAUUCACCGAACGUACAGGCUCUCUACGACGUUCAGAAUCGAUUCACUGCGCUCCUGGAACCUGGCGCCGCACCGCCAGUCGACGGGAUCACGUUCCUGCGGCAUAUUCCUGAGUUCCUAGCGCCGUGGAAGCGCAGGGCGAAGGAGAUUCGACGAGACCAGCGCGCGUUGUAUUUUCGGCUUUAUAAUGCGACAAAAGAGCGGAUGGCUAAGGGAAUUAGGACGGGGUGCUUUAUGGAGAAGCUCAUUGAUGAUCAGGUAAAGAACGGAUUGGACGAUGAGCAUACGACGUAUCUUGGUGGGAUCCUCAUGGAGGCCGGCUCUGAUACGACUUCGUCGACGCUUCUGUCGUUCCUGCUGGCUGUGCUUGAAAAUCCGGGUGCAUUGAAGCGCGUUCAAGAAGAUGUUGAUCGGGUUGUUGGGACAGAGAGGUCCCCCACCAUGAAUGACUUGGAGAAUCUGCCGUAUAUCGAGGCUUGUAUGCAUGAGAUCCUUCGCUGGAGACCUGUCGCAGCUGGCGGAAUUCCACACAUGCUCACCCAAACAGACACAUAUAAGGACUACAUUUUCCCUGCAGGCACAAUAUUCUUUGCAAACACCUGGGCAAUCCACCAUGACGAGACCGAGUACUCCAAUCCCGCCAUUUUUAACCCGGACCGCUGGCUCGACGGGAACAAAUACGGCACAAAAGACAACAACAGCACGCUUGACUCGACCGCACAGCGCAAAACGUCCUAUGGCUGGGGUGCAGGGCGGCGGAUCUGCUCAGGCCAGAAAAUGGCCGAGGCCUCGUUGAAGAUCAAUAUUGCGAAGCUGGUCUGGGCGUUUGAUUUUGAGCGGGUUAAAGGUGAGGAGAACGUUGAUAUAUCCGUGGACACUGGGUAUGAAGGCGGGUUUCUGGUUUGCCCGAAGAAAUUUCCGAUCAAGAUUACACCGAGGAGUGAGGGGCGUGCGGCUGUUAUAGAGAAGGAGUUUGAGGGGUUGAAGGGGUUUUAUGAGAAGUUAGCUGCAUAG